UUACCACAAUGGAGAAGUCAACAGCAAACGAAUUGAAGACCGUGUUCCAUUCUUAGAAGAGGCUACUAAUUCAAAAGCUUCACAACCAGACAUUGCUAGUUUACCAAGCCCCCGCCUAAUUAAGACACACCUUUCUUAUGAGGCUAUACCGAAAGGUGUAAACGAGGAAACGACGUGCAAGUAUAUUUACAUCGCUCGAAAUCCAAAAGAUAAUGCUGUAUCAAAUUAUAAAUUCCUGACAAGCUUGGGGAAAAAUACUGGAUUGAAUGCAUCGUGGGAAUUUUAUGCCAAUCUAUUUGUUCAGGGAAAAUGUAAGUUAUAUAAUUAUCUUCACAUGUGAAAAUGUCACCAUUGCUAUGGCUUCAUAAUAAACCGCACCUUUCAGACCAAAAAACUAUUUAAGUAAAAUGGUUUGGCAUUUCACUGGUGUUUAUAUAAUAAAUAGAACAUUACAUGGUCGCUUAGAGAUACGAAAUUUCUCUUCUCUUGUUGUCGCUGCGCUCUGUCUUGAAAUAUUCUUCAACACUCGAAGAGAAAUUUCGUAUCUCCGCGCGGCCAUGUACUAUUCUCUAUACAUUUUCUGCAUACGAUGAUGAUAUUUCUCUCUUUCUUCGUAAAUUUAAUGGUAAGCGGUUUAAGAUUGUUAAAGUCGUGUUUUUCGUAGAGAUCUUCAAGAGUUUAAAUCUUGGACGUCAGGAGCCCAUGACUAGUGUAGUCAUGGGCUCGUGUGGACGUUAAAAAAAUGUUUGUUUUCGUCUUAGUUUGUGGUAACACGUGUCAAAACACGUCAGUCGAGGUUGUACUGUACAUGUAGAGUUGACCCAGGUGAUGGGUAUUUGUCUCAUACACAUGCAGUAAUUAAAGUCAUAUUAGGGCAUAUUCGGAAAUGUUCUAUUUGGCAAAAAGUACAACUGCCCAAAAUUCAGCCCAAAUGAAAAUUUAUUAUGUUUAAUUGGUCUGCUGCAAGUGCAUUGAAAACGUAAGGAUUGGCGUACUGAAAAUUAAUAGAAUGUUCGAGUAAUCUUGCUAUGAUACCUUAGAAAACUCUGAAGGGAAGAACGAAUGUAAUGCCUAGGAGUCUGAUUUCAUUGUGAGGUAACCCAGCGAGGGUGGGUUCAGUCUGUGCUGAACAACAGGAGCCUAUUUUACUGACGGGCGUCUGCGGUAGCAUCGCUAUAUUGUGAGAUGAAGAAGGUGAUGCAUAUUUUCCUUACGGGGCGUUGGUCUGCAGAUUGAACCUUGGGCGCGGCUUAGCACGUAAGAUUCAAAUUUGAAUUCUCAUUUGUUGCCCCAAUUCAUUUCCUACAGAAGUAGUGGGCAGAAGUUGAUAAAAUAUCAAGCAAAUUCAUCUUGUGUGAUCAUUUCCGUAAUUCUUAUGCCCACUCUGUUUUACAAAGCAUUGAUAUUACAAGGAGAAUUUUGAUGCUGAUCACUCUUAGGGCUUAAAGGGUUAAUGUCUAAACUGGUUAUGAUGCUUCUUAAGGUAGCUGAGACAAGUAGUGUUAGAGGCAUGGCAAAAAACCUUCAUGACUUACUAGUCUUUAUCAACCUACACAAUUGUUAUUCUUUGCAGCAACCUGGAGUCACUGGGAUAAACAUGUACUUGGAUGGUGGAAACACAAAGACGAGGCUAACGUUUUGUUCCUUAAAUAUGAAGACUUGAAACAGGUUUGUUAUCAUUGUCGGAGAAUUACCGGUAAAGUCGUUUUCAGUUUUUUGAAAUUAAUUCUGUUACAUUAAUUUGCUGUGCGUUGAUUAAUGCUUAGUGGUGGGUAGAAAACAGAAUUAAUUAAGCAAUUAUUAAAUGAGGCUGGGUAUCAUCUGAAGAAUUAUGGAGAUUGAGGAAGGUACGGAUAACACCCUCCUGGUUUAAAAACAAGCUAAAACAGGCUUAUCUCCAUCGAUGUUAAGUUCAUCUUCGAUAGUGCAUGUUUAUCGGCAAGUUUAGGAGAUAAAGGGUUGUUCAGUUUUGUAAAUAUUUGCAAUAUUUUAUGUCGCCCGUCGAGUUGUCUUCUUGCUGUUUUUGCUACGUUUUUAGCGAAUAGUUUGCUUUUUUUCUUCCUCGUGAAACGAGUGAAAUGUUCAUUCAUUUUGUAUUCACUACCGAAACAGCUCAUCCUCGUCCCCAGGUCUUCUCGGGUAACCGUUCAAUCACCUGGCAAUUUUGCUGCACGAUUGACGUCAUCAGUUCACAUUUCGUAAAAUUCUUCCAAAUUUGGUCGACAGUACCUGGUUAUGAUGAAUUAUGCGUGGAAGUUUAGCCAACCAGAAACGGAGAAAUAUUUUGAAUGAAUAAUAAUAUGCUUUAUACAGAGGAGAAGUGCGACGUGACAUUACCAUGGAAAAGCAUGGGCUAUCCAGUUUUGCUCCCGAGUGCAAUCAUGGGCAUGAAAGUCAUUCAAAUUAUUCAAAUCAAUUGCGAUAUUUGUAACAAUACGGUUUAUAGAGAUCGAGAAAUUUUGCUAACAUGGCAACGUGACGUAACGACUUCUCUUGUGACCCUCUGUAUCACAUGUUGUUUUUAGCAUAACCAUGCUUGAAACAAACCUCUGAUAUUUAAUGUUAUAUUGUAAAGUAGCUCUGUCUUUGACCUGUUAUGUUUCAGUUAGUGAUUGGCAAAAUUGUUAUUUUAGGAAGCCUUUUUCUUUUAAGUCCUGUGAUUUCCUUGAGCGUCCUCGCCAUUUGGUCAUCGUUUGUUAUGUACUAGGAUGUAUACGAAAAAAAUUAACUUGGCACUUGAAACUUAUUUUGUUUUAUUAGUUUCACAUCAGAACUAAACAUGAGAGGAGGCCUGAUUGACAAGUAGCCUCAAACUCAGACGUUCUUUUGGCUAGUCACGCAAUCCUACCUUGGUAUUCUGCGCUAAGCGUCGAUGGAAUAGCCUCCGACGCCGACGUUCUUUGUGCAGGGAAGUAACGCGUGACGAAGCGCAAAGAACGUCUGCGUGGGAGGCUAGCAUUGGCCGGGACAACGCACCAAAAUUCUGAAGAUUCAAAGUCUGACUUCCCCAUCUUCUCUACCAGUUUUCAAGCCCCUUUACCCCUUUGUUUCUUCUCCUUAGGAUCUUCUAAGCCAUGUUCGUAUGAUCUCCCAAUUCCUGAACAAGCCCUUGUCAGAUGAACUCCUAAAUCGCAUCUCAGAGCAGUGUACAUUCAAUGGAAUGAUGAAAAACGCGAAAAGUUACCUUCUGCGUGGAACAGAGGAUGGACCAAAGCUUCUGCGAAAGGGCGUGGUGGGAGACUGGAAGAAUUACUUUACUCCAGAGCAAAGUGAGAGAUUUGACAAGGAAUUGUUAGCAAAAUUAGACGGGACUGGAUUAGAGUUUGAAAUGUAGCAAGCUUGUUUUCAUUAAAUAUAUUCGAAAUUACAGCAGAGGUCUCUUAACACUUUGGGGAGACUGCGAAAGGAUUCCUUUGCUCCAGAGCCAAUAAGAGAUUUGAUAAGGACGGCUGUACUUGAAUUUGAGAACUG